AUGUUUGAUGUUUUUCUUCUUCUUUUUCUUCUACUGAUCACUUUAGCAUUCUUAUCAUCAAAGACGGUGAUUGGGACGUAUCAGCCGGCAUACUUGAAGACGAACAUGUUUAGAAAAAAUCCAAGUACAAAUACUUUGCGUGUAAUUCAAGAACAGACGAAAUCGCUGUCGUUUGAAUGGAAACCGAUGAAGCACGAUUCGUUUUCAUAUGUAUAUUUAGAAAAUUCAGCAGGGUACUUUUGGAAAACUGAAAGAUAUAUUGAAGCUGGAGAUAUCGGAAAUUUGCCAACUAUUGGGAAACCGUGUGAAGCGAUAACGUAUAAAGCAGAGGGUUACUACAGUGGGAUUCUUGGAUACUCUUCAUUGUUUUCAACAUACAACAUUGAAUAUGAACGAGUUCCGAGGAUCGAAAAUGUUCGAAUACAAAAGCAGUCUGACUCGUCUUCACGUAUAACAUUGGGAAGAGAAGAAUCACCAUCAUUCUUAUCAUCAAAGACGGUGAUUGGGACGUAUCAGCCGGCAUACUUGAAGACGAACAUGUUUAGAAAAAACCCAAGCACAAAUACUUUGCGUGUAAUUCAAGAACAGACGGAAUCGCUGUCGUUUGAAUGGAAACCGAUGAAGCACGAUUCGUUUUCAUAUGUAUAUUUAAAAAAACCAGCAGGCUUAUUAGGCAGCACUACAAAAUAUAUUUAUGCUGGAGAUAUUGGAAAUUUGCCAACCAUUGGGGAACCGUGUAAAUCGACAAAUUAUGAAGCUAUCGGUUACUAUAGUUGGUAUAAAUUGAAGUACGAUUUUUUAACAUAUAAGAUUGAAUAUGAACGAGUUCCGAGGAUCGAAAAUGUUCGAAUACAAAAGCAGUCUGACUCGUCUUCACGUAUAACAUUGGGAAGAGAAGAAUCACCAUCAUCAAAUGUUCUAAAUUCAUCAUUUUUCGAAGUUAUUGGUACUUCAAGUGAGUUUGCUAUUCACUGA